AGCCAUGAGUCGAUGUAAAUGGAGCAACCACCAUACACUGAAGAUGAACCGACCACAAACUCUCCAGAGGCAGCCACCGCCAAAACCCACCAAAAUUCUGAGACUCCACGGGGCAGCGGCACUCGAAAUCCUGUCUAUCGCGGUGUCCGAAAACGGAGGUGGGGGAAAUGGGUGUCUGAAAUUAGAGAGCCACGCAAGAAAUCACGUAUCUGGCUAGGCUCAUUUCCUGUGCCAGAAAUGGCAGCCAAGGCAUAUGAUGCGGCAGCGUAUUGUCUUAAAGGUUGUAAAGCGCAACUUAAUUUUCCCGACGAAGUGGAUGACUUGCCUAGACCGUCCACGUGUACGGCCAGGGACAUCCAAGCAGCAGCAGCAAAGGCAGCACAUUCAGUGCUGCUUCCAUCGAAAAAGAGCAUCGAAACAAAUAGCGAAGAUAGUGUUGACGGAGAAGUUGUCGAUGAUGAUUUCUGGGGCGAGAUAGAAUUGCCGGAAUUGUUGACGAGUAAUAGUGGGUGCUGUUGGAAUUCUUGUGGAUGGAGUACUCCUUUUGCAAGCGAUGGUUCAACGUGGCAGCAGGAUGGAGAGGCUCUACCACAGUUCAUGGCAUGUCUUUAUUAGUGUGCAUAGCUUCUAGAAAUGCGGCCACUCGCAAACACACCCCAGAUCAAGGUAUUCCGCCGCCUGCUUGGUGGAUGUUAUGGAGGAUUCACCUUCCAUGCAAGUUAUUUAUUUAAAUCAUCUCAUUGCCAUAAGAGCGUCUGUGUGCGCCUAAAUAAAUUUCCACUACUCUAUAUAAUAAAUAGAUUCUUUUUUUCCCGGA